UGAAUGUUUAACUGCAGUAACGAGCGGUUAUAUCGUACAAAGCGCUUGGAAUAUUGGCAUUUUCUGAAGAAGGCGGGAGUGUUGAUUUCCUAUAAUAUUUCAAGGGAUUCAUGAAUCAAGUAACAAAAUGACGGCCCGUCUGUCACAUGUUAGCGACAAUGAGGUUACACAAGAUGAAGUAAAAUAUCUUGAGAAAGAAGGCAAGGAUUACUGCAUGGCACACGGAAUGGUUUAUAAAGACUCUAAAGGAGAAACACAACACAUUCCCUUCACUCUGUAUCCAUCACCCAUUCCACUGAAGCUUUUCGCAGAUGCAAAAGAGGUGCAGACAGAUUUUAACUUACUUGUACACAAAGUGAGCCGGGACUACGAAUUUACAAAGAACGCGCUUUUGAGCACAGUGGCUGCUGAUCCCUUUACAUCAAGACUCUUUGACAUUUAUGAGAAGGUCUGGGAACAAGGAAAUGCUCAGUCAGUCUCAUUAGGAAUUUUCCGGUCUGACUACUUGAUUGAAACCACAGGCUGGUUACAACAUCAGUUUUGCAGUUAUAGUAGCAUCAAGCAGGUUGAAAUGAACACCAUAUCAAUUGGUGGAAUCUCGUUUUCCUGUCUUGUUCCUGACAUGCACAGAUAUCUUUUACAUUCGAUGGGACGAGAGAACAAGGUACCUCCAAAUCCCGCAUUAGAUGAAGCAGCUGAUGCUCUCAUUAGGGCCUGGGAACUAUAUGGAUCAGACAGUGCUGUCAUCAUGUUCGUUGUUCAGCCUGACGAGAUUAAUGUUUAUGACCAAAGGCUGCUGGAAUACCGUAUUCAUGAGAGGAACAAUGCUGUAAAGGUGAUCAGGCGGAGCCUUAACGACAUUUUUAAAGACGGCAAAAUGAGCAACGAUAAAUCCAUCUUUGUGACCGGAAUUGAAGUUGGUGUAGCUUAUUUCAGAGCAGGCUACACACCCAAAGACUACCCCACAGAUCAGGAAUGGUCAGCUCGUUUAACAUUAGAGUUGUCUCGUUGUAUUAAAUGCCCUACAGUGGCGCAUCAUUUGAUGGGAACCAAGAAGAUACAGCAAGUGCUAAGCGACCCUGGGGUCCUAGAAAGGUAUAACUACGAACCUCUAUACUAACACUACAUUUACAUAAUCCUUCCCCA